CGCACGGCCCUCGUGCCGGCUAUGUUCCCGCUGCUGCUGCUGCUGCUGGCGGCGUCGACGUCUGCGUCCGAGAGGCAGGCGCGGCGCUUGCCAAACGAAGACGCGUGGGCGGCAGGCGGGCACGUGGACAACCACGUGUCUGCUGAGGAGGAGGCGCGCCCCAAGGAGGAGGCGAGGGAGGCGGCGGCGCUGGCAGACGUGGCCAGGAGCAUCGUGGCCCGAACCGCCUCCACCAGCCAGGUGCUGAGCCUCAACCUGACCAACCUGCUGAUCCUGCUGGUGCUGAAGGCGCUGCUCUUCGGCGCGGGCAUCUUCUCGUUCGGGCUGCUGGGCAAGCACCACUACGGGCGCGCGGCCACCGCCCCCGACGGAGGCGUCACGGAGGCGGAGCUGGCGCUGGCGCUGGCCUUCCUGUCCGGGGAGGCGGCCCCCGGGGGCGGACACGAGUGCCUGCAGCGCGCCGCCUGCCUCGCCCCCAGCACCGCCUCCAGAUACGCCGUCGCCGCCUCCGCCGCGCUCGCCGCCGUCAAGGCCUUCCCCGGUGUAAUGGGAUACAACCCUCGCUAUGAAGAAAUUGUAUCUGGAAUGAGGACAGCAGUGGAGUUCGGCAAGUCAGGAGGAUUGUGCGUGGAACGCUACAAGUGUUCUGACAAGUAGCACCCUCCACCAGCAGAUCUCAGGAGAGCAAGACUUUCAGUGAAAGCAGCUGCUGUCUCUGUGAUGGUGGCUUGGCAGGUUGUCGCCUGUGUUUCUCAACCUGUGCCACACACUUUCUGGAGUCUAUUAUAGCUUUCACACAAGACUACACCAAAAGGUGAUGUGUGCAGACACUAAACAAAUAUGUACUCAGUUCAACUGAAUAUUUUCAUAUUAUACUAUUGAUUCAUCACUGUUGUUCCACAUCCAUUUAUUUGAGAAAGAGAGUAGCAUGAAGUUUACACAUCAUAGUAGUGAAUCACAUGUAAUAAAAAUAUUAUUAACUCUCAAAAAAAUGGAACAUAUUUAGAAAAUUACAGAUCUCAUUAGACUUUUAAAAGAUGCAGGAUGCUAUUCUUGUAAUUUGAAAUAGCUGUUUGAACUAUACGUAAAAUGAGAGCAAAGCGACCACUCACCUAUAAUGGACUGAUGUGUGGAACAUUGGAACAUAUAACAGGACUCAAUUACAUGUUUCUAUGCUCCUCACAUCAGUCUGUUACAGGUAAGUGAUUGCCUUUCCCUUAUUUUAUAAAUUUUGUCAUCCAGAAUUUUCCAUUAUUGUUAUAAAUAGUUUUUGGGGAAUUUAUUGUAUGCAUUUUGUA